AUGAAGUCAGCGCCCCAAGAAUUCCAUCUCUUCCUGCACAAAGAUCGGUGUGCUCCUUGCGUGUUUUCAUCGCGGUCGGGGUCUAUCAACGAUCUUUCUCCGUCCGAAUACCUCGCUGUUCCUUCGUUAUCGCUCUCCAAUCUUAUCCGAACCCGGUCCAUCCGACGCCGUUCGGUGUGUUUGAACGUCGAAGAACAGUUCCCCAAGCAAACCCGACGGGGUUCCCUACUCAAAAAGCUGGCGGGGCCACGCGAAAACGCGAAGCGAUUCCUUCGCCUGCGGUCGUCGGGCGUCCACUCGCCCGCGCCCCCACACCAGGCAAACCCGCGCUGUAGCGGCGCUCGCGGCGCUCGCGGCACUCGGCCGUGCCGUGCCCCAACUGAGCACCCCAUUCCCCCAUUGCGCAAUGAGAAGAUCGUUGCGACGGGUAGCGGACUCACGGUUGGUAUUGCCCUGACAGAACCAGUGCUUUACCUUCAAGGUUAUGAUCAACAGGAUCCAAGUUCAAAAAAAUCAGCGAUCUUGAGAGGUCAGAUACAUCUCAAAGUCACCAAGAGUGUCAAGAUUAAGAAGAUCUCCAUCCAAUUCCGCGGACAUGCCCAAACAGAUUGGCCCGAUGGUAUUCCGCCCAAGAAGAUUCAUUUCCACGACAAGAAAGAUCUUUUCACCCACGGCGUCGUUUAUUUUAACCACGGCGAUACCGCUUUGAUGCAGAAUGACUAUGGCGCGCACUUCUACCAACACGCCAAACCCACCUCCCCAGUACCAGGCAAGGAUGGCGUCUCUGCGACAACUCGGGAGCUCUUCUCCAAGAGCGGCUCAGCCACCAACCUUGGCCCGACCAACGUACGAGAUCCCAAGCGUCUCUCCGUACAGACUACCCGCGGCCACUCUCGAAGCUUCAGUCGCAAUGACACGCCCCAGGGUCUCCAGGCUCAGCAACAACGCAACUACCGGAUGUUCCCGGUUGGUGACUAUUUGUAUAGUUUCGAGUUCCCAAUCGAUGGUUCUCUGCCGGAAACGAUCCGAACGGACUUGGGAUUUGUGAAAUACGAUCUGGAGGCUAUUGUCGAACGAUCCGGCGCUUUCCGCCCCAACCUACUCGGCACGAUGGAGAUUCCCGUCAUUCGCACUCCCGCUGAGGGAUCGUUAGAACAGGUCGAGCCGAUUGCGAUUUCUCGAAAUUGGGAAGAUCAGCUUCACUACGACAUUGUGAUUUCCGGAAAAUCCUUCCCCAUGGGCUCUCAGAUUCCUAUCGCAUUCAAGUUGACACCACUUGCCAAGGUCGAAUGUCAUCGAAUCAAGGUCUAUGUGACUGAAAAUAUUCAGCACUGGACCGCCGACAAGAGUGUUCAUCGACUGCAACCCGCCAAAAAGGUCUUGUUGUUCGAAAAGCGAGCCGAAUCCGCCAGCACAAGCACAUAUCCCGGCAGUUCCAUGCGUGUAACUGCAGGUGGAGGUAUCGACUGGGACCAUCGCGCGGCUGCUGCAAGAGGCGAGGAGAUCGUGGAUCGGUCCCGGACCAACUUGUUGGGCAAUCUCUCAACCGAAAAUGGUGUCGGGCCAACCGAAAUGGAAUUUAAUGUACAGCUCCCAAGCUGCCAUGAGAUGAGAGGUCGAGACGAAGCACAGCGCCUUCAUUUUGACACAACCUACGAAAACAUUCAAAUCAAUCAUUGGAUCAAGAUUGUCCUUCGUCUUUCCAAGGUCGAUGAAAGGGAUCCUACCAAACGCAGACAUUUCGAAAUUUCCAUCGAUUCACCCUUCCACAUUCUUUCCUGCAAAGCUACACAAGCAAACAUCUAUCUCCCGGCCUACACGAGACCCUCAGCCGAACCAGAGCCACCAGCCCAGGAGUUCGAAUGUGGCUGCCCCGGUGCACCCAUGACACCGAGAGACAACUCGGCGGCGCAGUCUAGUUCUGACCGUGAAGAGUCCAGCACGAACCUCAGCCUCAACCGUCGCGCCUCCAUCGGCCCAAUAUCUCGAAGCUUCACAAACGGUUCUGGAGGUCUAGCCCGCCCACCUCAAGCACACUUGGCCCACGAGCCUAACAACGAGCGAGAGCACAACCCCACAACGGCACCGGGACCUUCCGAGUAUACGACCAUUGUUGGAAAUGGGGAUCGCGAGGCUAUUUUGGAAGAUUACUUCUCGCGGUUAUCCUUCUACGAAGACCAGGAUGACGACGAUCGGGGGCGGGGACGUGUUGAUGUUCCUCUAACCCCAGGUGGCCGGGUCAACCGCAGUAUGGAUGUUCCAAGGGAGUGGAUUCGAAUCGAAGAUCUCGCCAGGACGUGA